GCGCACCCACGGAGUAGUCACUGGCUUCGACCGGCGCCCGAGAAGGAAGGGACCAGAUCGUGCUACAUCCAGUCCACGUGUACGGUCAAGAUAAGGUUACACGAGUUGCGAUCGUGAAGGGCACCAUCUUAUAAUCUUUCCUCACUAACAAAACCCCACACCAACUUUCCAUCUGUCCAGAUCUCGCCGCUGUCCCUGGCCGUACAAUCGCCGGCCAAAUUUCCCGGCUCAUCGUCGCCGGCGAGUUCAUCGAUCUUCUUUCACUGUUCAUAUCGUACAGUCCGUGAAGUUUCGAUUUCUCCGUCGGAGCUUCAUAGUACCGAGGUAGCUAUCAGCAAGCUUGAUCUUCCAUGAAGCCAUGUGGUUUUUUGCUUGGCAUUUGUCUUGCAAAAUCACUGUAAAAUAGAAGGUAAGUUAUUUACGACCUGUGCCAUGAAACUACGCCCUUAUAGCUAGAAACCUAUUAAGAAGGGCCGGAAGCUACUGACACUAGUUUGCUGGAAGCAGAAUCCGAAGGAACUUGAACUUUAGCAGGAAAAUGUCUUUCCAGAACAAGGGCCUUUGGAUGGCAAAGGGUACUGAGUGUUUAACCGAUAAUGAGAUGGGUUAUGAUAAUUCUGCCAGAAUAGAGCCAAAGCGCUCUCAUCAGUGGUUCAUGGAUGGUGUGGAGGCAGAUCUAUUUCCCAACAAGAGACAAACUGUUGAAGUUCCAAGCAACAACUUCUUUCCUGGAAUGGCUAAUGCAAAUGUUUCUCCAUGGGGAAAUCCUUCAAGUUUUCACUCAGUCCCGACCCAAUUUACUGAAAGGUUAUUUGACUCUGAAACAGUGAGGAACAUUAAUUUUGAUGAGAGAAACAUUCCAUCAGUUAGCACAGGGAAUAUGAAUAUAAAUAUGAAUAUGGGUAGUAAGCUUGUUGAGGAUCCUUUUGGGAUUGAUUCUUCAUUUGGUUUAUCUAUGUCUCAUACACUGACUGAUCCUAGGUCAGGUCUUAACUAUGGUGGGAUUAGAAAAGUUAAAGUCAGCCAGGUGAAGGAAUCUGAGAAUGUGAUGUCUGUAUCAAUGGGAAAUGCAUAUGCUAGAGAGGAUAAUGAUACUGUAUCGGGGGCACAUACUUAUAACAAGGCAGAUGAGAAUGCCAUAUCAAUGGCUCUUAAUUAUAAUAGAGGUGAUGAGCAUGUCAUUUCCAUGGGUGAGACCUAUAACAGGGGUGAAAGCAAUUUUAUAUCAAUGGGGCAACCAUUUAACAAGGGGGAUGAUAGCAUAUCAGUAGGUCAACAUUAUAGCAGGGGGGAUGACAACAUAUCAAUGGGUCACAACUACAGGGGAAAUAAUAGUACCAUAUCAAUUGGUCAGGCAUUCAGGAAGGGUGAUAACAGUGUCAUGUCAAUGGGUCCAACCUACAACAAAGGGGAUGACAAUGUUAUUUCAAUGGGUCAGGCAACCCACACCUUUAAUAAGGGGGGUGAAAAGACUGUAUCAUUGAGUCACACAUACAACAAAGGUGAUAGCAAUUGUUUAUCAAUUGGUAAUUCCUUCAGCAAGGCAGAGAGUAAUAUUAUAUCCUUUGGUGGUUUUCACGAUGAUGUUGAGACUAAUCCCCCAGGAAGGCUUAUAUGCAGUUAUGACUUGUUGAUGGGUCAGGCUUCAGUUCAAAGAUCAGAAGUACUUAAUGAAAAAGAAUUGUCUGAAUUAAAUGCUGAUGCCCUUGCAAGUGCUACUCAGGUGACUGCUUCUGGAACUGAAACUCUUCUCAAGAAGAAAGAUGAGCCAAAAGCAUCUAAAAAAGUUCCUUCAAACAACUUUCCUUCAAAUGUUAGAAGUUUACUAUCAACUGGAAUGUUGGAUGGAGUUUCUGUGAAGUAUAUUGCCUGGUCACGUGAGAAGGAACUCCGUGGUGUUAUAAAAGGUUCUGGCUAUCUCUGUGGCUGCCAGGCAUGCAACUUCAAUAAGGUUAUUAAUGCUUAUGAGUUUGAGCGGCAUGCUGGUUGCAAGACAAAACACCCAAAUAAUCACAUAUAUUUCGAGAAUGGGAAAACUAUAUAUGGGAUUGUCCAAGAGCUCAGGAGCACGCCUCAGAAUUUGUUGUUUGAAGUUAUCCAGACGAUAACUGGUUCACCUAUCAACCAGAAGUCCUUCCGUCUUUGGAAAGAAUCCUUUCUAGCUGCAACACGGGAGCUUCAACGCAUUUAUGGCAAGGAUGAAGCAAAGCAGUUGUCAUGAAGAACAGUUCAUGAUGUAAGUGCUCAGAUCCCUUUGGUUUGAAGACGAAUAUUAUGGCUGAACUAGGAGACCUUCUUUGCGCCUGCCCCUGGGACAGAACUUCCGGCCAUAUGCUUGCAGUGUGCAUUUUUUUGAUUUCCUUCAAUGGAGAAUGAGAUGUGUUUUUAAGCCAUUGGAGGGAAGUUUUAUAAAUAUUUUGCCAUACAUGGUCAUCCUUUCUGAUAUUUUUGUAUUGUAUCUCUGUUGUAAAUGAUUUGCCUUCUAUUUCACUUUACUUUUUAUAAAAGUUUAGGAUGUUAAAAA